GCCCCUUCAAAAUAAUUUGCAAACGUCACUAGUAAGCUCAGACGCGUAAAUCACGAACGGAAAAAAGGUAUUUCAUCAUUGUAAAUAACAAUGAACUUGGAGGAUUAUCGAUUUACAUAUAAUGGCGAUGAUGUUUAUAUGCAAUUUUUUAAAGAAAAAAGUUUAAAAGACUGGAAUUAUAAAACAUUUAAAAGUCAUUUCUCAACACUAAGGAAUCCUCCUACAAAGAAAACAUUGGUUAUAGCGUAUAAACAUUGUUUAAAGGUUAUAAAAAAUAAUCCUGCAACACCAAAGUGCAUAAAACCCCUUAUUGAAAAGCUGUUGAAAGAUUUAAAUGAUUCUUCUUCCGUAAGCCCAACAAACGUUUAUAAUAUUAACCAAGGACCAUCGUCCAUAGUAAAUUAUGGCAACAAUAAUAACAUUUCUACUGUUGGACAAAAACGUGUAUUUGACAAUAUCGAGCAAGAACAAACUAAGAAAGACACACCUUCGUCUGCUAGUAAUGUACAGAAAUCUCAUCAGUUAAGAGACAAAAUUGAUGAUCUUUUUAAUCCUCUUCCAGAUUCCUCUUUAUCCCCAGCCCAGUUUCGAAACAAUAUUUAUGCUUGUGGUAUCAAAAUUGUAAGAUUUUCAUCUGAAGGACGCAUUUGCAAUAUACCUAUUGAACUUUUUAUAGUUAUCUAAAACAUCUAACGAUUC